GUAUAAUUCAAGUCCUAUCAAACUUUCGCAUUCUACAAGAUAUUUCAAGCUACUACAUACCUUGCCUCAAAAUAGUGACAAAAGCUUCAACACGAUCCAAGUCAUGAAGAUGACAACUCUCAAAAUGAGAUUCCUAUUUGCGGCCAGCCUUAUUUCCCUAGUCCGGAUGGGGACAGCUGCACAAGGGUCCAACUACAAUGUCACCGAAAGCUUCGAAGAAGCCCAUAGUUGUGGCUCCAAGUGCCAGAGUGCCUUGAACAACGCAAAUCCAAUCGAUCUCGCUACCUUUGGCGAAAAUUUCGACUUUGGUUUCUACGAGACAGCUGCCAACUUUUCUGGUUCAAAGCCAGGCGACCUCUUGAAACUCCAGCCUCUGGAUCCUGCAACUCUCCAGAUUAAUGCAGGGACGACGGUAUAUCGAAUUCAAUACACAUCCCGCGAUCUCGACGGGUCACCAGUGCCCGCUACUGGUUUCAUUGCUCUUCCAUAUACACCGGCAAAGGAGAAUUCUAGCACGUAUCCCGUCGUGGCCUACGCGCAUGGAACCAGUGGAAUCUACCGCGGGUGUGCACCGUCAAAUAGCCCGAACCUUUACGAUUACAACAGUUGGCAGCUCCUCAUCGAAAGAGGAUAUGCCGUAGUCGCCACGGACUAUGCUGGCCUGGGAAACAAUUACACCCUUCAUAAGUAUGUUAGUUAUCCGGCGCAAGUGAACGACAUCUAUUUUUCCAUGAUCGCCGCUAGAAAGACAUUCGACAUCUUCUCGGACAACUGGAUGGCAGCUGGCCAUUCCCAAGGAGGAGGAGCAGUGUGGAAAUUGGCUGAGAGCGACUAUGUCAAGUACGACAAACAUUAUCUUGGCACGGUUGCACUGGCACCAGCUGCCAAGGUCGUAGACAUGUUUCUGGCCGACAGGGACGAGGUCAUUUCCUCUGGCUACUUGCCCCUUCAUGCCAAGGCGUAUCAACGCGUGCACCCAUCGUACAAUUUGACUAUCCUCUCAGAUACCAUGCGGGACCGCAUGGCCAUUUCUGACAAGGCGCAGCUUUGUCUGGUUGCCUUGGGAGCCCUGUCCUCUGACUUGACAGUUGACGAGAAUAUCUCACAGGAAGGAGUUAAGACAGAUAUACCCCUCCUGCUGAAGUGGCAAAAUGAGAUGGCUCCAGCCUCUGGAGGACACAACUCUCAACCCCUCCUGGUCGUUCAGGGUCUGAAUGACACUGCGGUUGUGCCAUCCGUAACUCGGGCUCUAUGGAAUAGUUCGUGCGGUGACGGAAAUGAGGUCCAUCUCAGCGAGUAUCCCGGGAUGAAUCAUGAUCAGGUCAUUCCUGCUGCCGCACCAGAGUGGCUGGCCUGGGUGGACGCGCGAUUUGCACGACAGUGCACUUCUGGGAACUGCUCUAUUGUGCAGAAAACGCCGUUCGAUCUGAAGUAUGUGGAAUUAGCACCAGGAACCUAAAAGUAAGGAAUAUAUAUCACGUAACGUAAUGGGACAGCCACCCGCCUACUUGCUUCUGAAUUACGCGAUCCAUAUGUAACACGGCCUAGCAGGGCCGUGUCCGGGGGUGUCUAGAAAGACUAGAUGUGGGUGAGGUGAAGCUUCACCACUUGAUAUCGAUGCUAUAGAGUGGGGCUAUUAGAGGGACAGUUAUCAGUUUAGAUUAUAUAAUUAUAGAAGGCUUUGAACUAAAAGCUAUCUAAAGCUAAG